AGGAGCUUGACGUGGAAGCUAAAACCAGGAGCCCCUGUGGAGUGACUCGCACAGUGAAGGACUGCUCUGCUUCAGGUCACAACUUUAGCGCUGAUUGAUGUGCGCAGACCGCAAACUGUGAUCCGGGUUCAGAGCAAAAAGGGCCUGAAAAACUUCCUUAAGAGGGAACCAAAAGUGCAGAACAUCAUGAUGAUUAAACCAUAUGUGAGACUAGCAGAGGGAGAGGAGGUCAUCAGCCCCCUGCAGUGGAUGGAUGGAGAUGUGAGCUCACCGGACGGGAGCGCCUCCGUCCCAGCACACCACUAUGGCGCCGGCGGAGCGUCCCAGCAGAACAGAGAGAUGGGAAGUGAAGAUGCAGAGGAGGAUGAGGAGGAUGCAGAUGAAGGACUGGAGGAUGAAAAUGAAUCCAGGAGACGUGGGCCCAAGAAAAAGCGAAUGACCAAAGCCCGGCAGGAGCGCUUCCGUGCCAGACGUAUAAAAGCAAACGCCCGGGAACGCUCGCGCAUGCACGGCCUAAAUGAUGCUCUGGAGAACCUGCGCAGCAUCAUGCCCUGUCACUCCAAAACGCAGAAACUGUCCAAGAUCGAGACGCUGCGACUGGCCCGCAACUACAUCUGUGCUCUGUCCGAGGCCCUGGAAGCAGGGCUUUCCACCGAGAGCAGGGCUUUCAUGGAGACACUCUGCAAGGGGCUUUCUCAGCCCACUACCAACCUGGUUGCCGGAUGUUUACAGAUUGGAUCAGGUCCUGGUGCUGGGAUGAGACCUGAGGACAGACUUGGAGUUUGUCCACCACCUAAUCCUCUGGGAGGCAUGGUGGGAUACACCUCUCCAGGCCUGCCGAGCCCCCCGUACGGCACCUACGACACGGCUCACAUGCUUCACCUGAGAGCCAUGAAAGGAAGGCAGAGCGAGAACCAUUCUCCGCCGGAGUAUAAUGCUGGAAGUGUGGGAACCCCUCCAUAUGACGGCCCCCCCACACCGCCUCUGAGCAUCAGCAGCAACAUGGUGCCCAAACAGGAGCCUUCCCCCCACUACCCACUGCCUCCACACCAGUACUCCCCCUCCAACGUGGACCAGGUUCUCUAUCAGACUCAGACCAGCUAUGAUGUUCACUUGGAGGGUCCAUAUGACUCCUACCAUCCACCGCGCAUGGUCCCAAGACAAAUAACCUCAGUCUACAGAGACUGAGAAGAAUCCAAUACACCAUUUCAUGAAUCACUCCAACCUGACUGAUUCCAAGCAAUGAACCCUUCAUGACCUCUUUAAAAGGGAUCUGUUAUGCAAAAUUCACUUUUUGAAUAUUUUUAUACUUUCGUUUGAAUCUCAACUGUUU